AUGGAUCAUGUCGCGAACCCCUUUGUCCAGGUGCAGGACAUGCCGUCCUCAAGCGACGUGCACCAAGCCGAACCUGAGGAGAUUUGGACCGAGAUACGACGCACUGUUUCGAAGAUGACUACACGGUCAAGGUUCACAUGUGAAGAGAAAGGAACGCACCAGGAGAAGCCGGAGUCCCAGUCAUACGCUUUUUCAAAGUCGGGAAAGCAAUGGAGCAGCCGCCACAGCGAUGAUGAGUCAAGCAUACCGACCGUUGACGCCGAAGACGACUUUCCGGAGGGCGGCCUCCGCGCAUGGCUUGUGGUCGCAUCUGCUUGGCUCAUGCUAUUUCCUUCUUUCGGACUCAUGGUUUCCAUAGGCACGUUGCAAGACUAUUGGGCCCAACAUCAGCUAUCACACAUGACAGCUCGUGACAUUGGCUGGAUACCUUCCGUCUUCGUGUACCUGUCGCUCGCAUUGGGCAUUUGGGUUGGACCACUUUUCGAUCGCUAUGGACCCCGCUGGAUCAUUUUCGUUGGCAGUGUUGGGAUGCUGGUGAUGAUCUUCACGCUCGCUGAAUGCGAAAAGUUCUGGCAGAUGUUCUUAUGCUGCGGUGUUUUGGGAGGCGUUUCCGCAGCUCUGUUAACUACCACGAGUCUCGCGGUCGUUGCGCACUGGUUCAAAGAGCGUCGAGGGUUGGCGCAAGGUAUCGCCAUGAUGGGCUCAUCCGGCGGUGGCCUCAUCAUACCACUGAUGCUGCGAACAACGUUCCCCACGUACGGGUAUAAGUGGUCACUCCGCAUCAUCGGCUUCAUGUUCCUCUUCUGCUUCAUCCUUGGCAACAUUCUCAUGAAAGCUCGCAUUCCACCAAGUACUGCCACGAAGAAGAAGGCCAUCGUAUCAUUAUCAAUAUACGCCGACUUGCGACUCAGUCUGUUCACCCUCAGUGUCUUUGGCCUUGAAGUCGUGCUAUUCGGCGCUCUAGGUAUCCUUCCAACCUACACGACCUUGAGCACGAACUUUUCUCCCGAAACCAGCUUCUACCUCAUCGCCGUACUAAAUGGUCUCUCCUGCCUCGGUCGCCUCCUCCCAGGAUACGUCGCGGACAAAAUCGGCCGCUUCAACAUGCUCUUCAUCAUGAUCAUCUUCACGCUCAUCUUCAUGCUGGCACUCUGGCUGCCACUCGGCACAACAUCGCUCACCGCCUUGUAUUGUUUCGCCGCCUUGUUCGGUUUUGGCACUGGCAGCUGGACUGCAUUAACGCCUGCUUGUGUCGGACAGCUAUGUCGCGCAGAGGAGUUCGGCAGGUAUUACGGCUCGAUGUACUUCAUCGCAUCGCUUGCGACGCUAGUCUGCAUUCCCAUUAGUGGUGAGCUUGUACAGACCGUGGGGCCUCAAGCAAUGGUUGGCUUCUUCUGUGCUGUACUUGGCUUGAGUACCAUCAGUUUUGUGUUUAGUAGAUGGGCGUGUUUGGGUAGGCGCUGGACCAUCAAGGUUAAGAUCUAA